AUGGUCCUGCUGAUUGGGCUCAAUUUCGAAUCGGAAGCUCCCCGUGGCCGUACUGGGCGCCCUGAUACACCCCAGUCGUCCUCUAGUUUCGUUACGGCCUUUACCUCACAGGACGAAGAUGAUAUGUGCAAUCCCGCGGGGUCUACAAGUUCGGAUGAGAGGGUUGUUCCUGCGGUCCGGGUUGCGGCUGCGCCUGCCAACGAGCGGAAGGCUCGCGUGCCUGGGAAGGUGACUUUCCAAGAGAGUCGCUCUCAGUCGGUGGGGCAUGACCCCAAGCGCAACGCUUUCGCUUCUUGCACUCCCCUGGCUGAUCGCGUUCCCUUGACUUCUCGCCCUCCUUUCUCUUCUCGCCUUGCACCUCCUCCUCUUCCCUCCAUUCUGAAGAAGUCAACUGUUCGCUCCUUUUCGGCUCCUCCAUCUCCACCAAAGAUGGAAAACAUCGACAAGUCUCCGACGGAGGGAGGUCUCAACAAGCCACUCCCAAUGUCGCCAACCAGCGAGUCCACCCCUCGCACUCCUGCUGCUGUCGCGUCUGCUGCCCCUCGCACUCCUGGUGCGUCUUCUGCUUCCCGCACUCCUGGUGCGGCUUCUGCUUCUCGCACUCCUGGUGCGUCUUCUGCCCCUCGCACUCCUAGUGCGUCUUCUACUUCUCGCACCACUGGUGCUCUCAUGUCUUCCGCUUCCCGCACUUCUGGUGCGUCUUCUGCUCCUCGCACCCCUGGUGCGCCUUCUGCUUCCCGCACUUCUGGUGCGUCUUCUGCUUCUCGCACCCCUGGUGCUCUCAUGUCUUCCGCUCCUCGCACUCCUGGUGCUGCCAUGUCUUCCGCUCCUCGCACUCCUGGUGCGCCUUCCACCUCCCGCACUCCUAGUGCGUCUUCUGCCCUUCCCACUCCCGGUGCUGUCGUGUCUUCCGCUCCUUGGGCUCCUGGUGCUGUCGCAUCUUCCGUGUCUUCCGCCUCUGCUGCCUCCACCAAGGAUGGCAUGCAUCCUCACCCCCAGCACGCUGGCAUUGCCGGCUCCACUACCCCUCGUCGUUCCAGCUUGACGAUGAGUGAGCUCCCAGAGGCUGUCAAGUCUCUGCAACAAAAGUACGAGUCCGAUCUUGAGCGACUCGAGAAGAAGAUGGAGGACAUCGCUCGCCUCGACAAGAAGCUCGAUGACUUUGCUGGCUGGGUUCAGAACCAGCUCGGAGAACAAGUCAUGCAACACUCCGAAUUGGCCCAGGGCCACGCGGAGUUGGGCUCCAAGCAUAACCAGCAGGGUUACAAUUUGGCAGCAGCGAUUCUCAACAUCAAGCACGAGCUCAAGCAUGACAUUCGUGACUUGCGGACCGAUCUCGACGGACUGAGCACAUCCUACAAGGAGCUCAAUGAGAAAGUCGACAUCUGCAUUGCUGGACUUUGGGAUAGCACCAAUGAGCCCUUCGUCGCCUUCCAACGACGAAAGAAUGAAUCCGUGGAGAAAGACCUUGAGAUUCUUGAGAGCGAGAUCAGCCACCUGAAAGAUGACAACCGCAACUUGACGCGGCUACUGGUUCGUGUUCGCAUGGGACUCACCCUUCUUGACCCAUCAAACAGCCUCAGCUACGAACUUGUCUCUCCUGACGCUCUUCCACCCGCGACUCCUACUGGUCGUGAGCGCAUUGCCGUUGUUCCCACUGUCCCCGCUGGAACCAGUGCCCCUGCUGGUUCCGGAACUACUACAUCUCCUGGCACGACUUCUGGAAAGCAGACAUCCAUUCCUCGCCGAGCUAAGCAGUCGCUUGCUAAGAAGAUGUCAACCGCACAGCUGUCGGGUAACAAGGAUGGCUCCAAGAAGCAGACUGGAGCCUCCCCGAAAAACACAGCAGGCUCUUCGGAUAGCAAGUCAAAGCAGAGCCCCGGGGAUAAGCAGGACUCAUCUGCUGACGGAAACAAGCGUCGAGCUGGCUUGUUCGGAACCCGCCGUCGUCGGGAUGACAGUGUCUCAUCCAACAGCAGUGGCAAAGGUGCCCGGUCGUCCCUCCAAGGAAAGGAGGCAGAAGGAAUCCCCCCCGUGCCCGCCAUCCCCCAGAAUCUUGCUCGUGGAGCUAGCGAUGCUUCCACUACCUCACGCUUCCCUGCGGCUGUGGCCCACCCCGUGCACGGGGAGCCACAGUCCCUCGCCGACAUCCACCCACUCCUGCGUGAGGAGUACCGCGACCGCUUCCCCGACGAGGAUGAUUCCGACGUCACCCCAACUCCAACAGUUGUGGGUGAUGAGAAGAAGACCAGCGAGGGGCCCGCUGGGAGUGGCCCAGCCGCCAAGGAUAGUGUUCGCAAGUAA